AUGAAAACCGCAAUUUUUGCCGCAGGAUGCUUUUGGGGUGUUCAAGAAGUCUUUUUGAGAAAGUAUGUCCCUGCAGCCGCCAUUUUGAAGACUUCAGUAGGAUAUAUUGGAGGCAUGACUGAUAAUCCUACAUAUAAACAAGUUUGCACUAAUAGUACUGGCCAUGCUGAAGCACUCAAGGUCGAUUUUGACGAGAAAUUAACCUCUUACGAGAAAAUAGUCGAGUUUUUCUUUGCCAUGCACGAUCCAACAACAGUAGAUAGACAAGGUAACGAUGUUGGAACUCAAUAUCGCUCUGUUAUAUUUACUACUGCUCCUGAACAAGAAGGCAUUGCAAAGAAAGUCUUGAAUGAGGUGCAAGAAAAGCAUUUCCAUGAAAAGAAAAUCGUAACCCAAAUUGUUCCUUCGGGUCAAUGGUGGGAUGCUGAAGAUUAUCAUCAGCAAUACCUCGACAAGAACCCUGAAGGAUAUCGUUGUAGUUCUCACUUCCUUCGCUGGAACCCAUUCGCUUAA